AUGAACGCUGCAACAGCCUCCGGGUUCCAAAACACGUUCGCCAUCUCGCCAUCACCUUCGCCAGCCGAUCAACACGGCGCCACUCUCGAUGUGCUUCUUCUUCAAGCUUGGGCAGGCUGUGCAGACAUCCUCAAGUAUCAGAUGGACCAGAUAGAGGACGCGCGCUUGACGAAAAAAGACUUUGAUGUAUUGGGCUCGCUGGGCGAAGGGCAAUUUGGAGUAGUUGAGGCUGUCCGGUAUUCUCAAGGAGGGCAAGUGUACGCUUUGAAAACAAUGCAAAAAGCCUACGUUGCACGAGCGGGUACCCAAUUAUCUUUAGCCAAUGAACGGCAUAUUCACAAUCUUGCACGAUCAGAAUCUGUACCACUGUUCCCACACCUCACUGCGGCUUUUCAAACCCCAGACUCUCUACAUCUCCUUACGACAUAUGCUGCAUGUGGCUCCUUGUGGGACCGCCUCUGCUCAAUGACAUCCCUUGGCUCCUCGUUCCCUCGCCUCUCUGAAGAAGAGAUAGGAUGGUGGGCGCCUCAGAUGGUUGCAGCUGUGGAUUGGCUUCAUCAGAACAUGUUUGCCCAUCGAGAUAUCAAGCCCCAUAAUUUUCUUAUUACUGAAACCCAUCAUCUACUCCUCACCGAUUUUGGCUCUGCUGCUGUGCUCGAGGCUGCUCCCCCCGGUGACUUACCUUAUGUCCCUCGGCAUCUCUGCACACAGCCCAUUGGGACUCCGGACUAUAUUGCCCCUGAGAUUCUGGCAAUUGCAGAGGAUGCAAUAAUCCAGUCAAGUCAGUCCCAAUCAACCAUCAACAGUGAGGCUGUUCUCAGUAAGGGAUACACAAGUAAUGUGGAUUGGUGGAGUCUGGGAGCUACAUUGUUCGAGCUUUCCACUGGAAAAGCGCCAUUUUGGGCAGAGUCAAUAGAAGAGACAUAUCAGGAGCUGAUCUCCUACCAUGCUUUGGACAGUAGACUAUCAAUGAUGAAGCAGUCUCUUGAAGCUCAUGAACACUGA